CUCUCUAAACAGUCUCACCUCUCUAUAUAUAUACAAAACACGCCGACGAAUCUAACAUCUCACAAACCCUAAUUACCCAAUCCAAUGGCGCAAGAGAAUCAAUCCGCGGCGAGAUUCACCGGGAAGGUGAAUUGGUUCAACGAUUCCAAGGGAUACGGAUUCAUCACCCCCGACGAUGAAGGCGACGAGCUUUUCGUCCACCAAUCCUCCAUCGUCUCCGAAGGCUACAGGAGUCUCGCCAUCGGCGAUUUGGUCGAGUUCGAAAUCACUCAGGGAACCGACGGGAAGACCAAAGCCGUCGAUGUAACCGCCCCCGGCGGCGCUCCUUUGAAGAAGAAGGAGACUAGCUCCCGCGGGAGGAGCGGUCGCGGCGGCGGCGGUUGUUACAAUUGCGGCGAGGCUGGUCAUCUGGCGAAGGAUUGCACUGACGGCGGCGAAAGAGGAGCGUGUUACACGUGUGGUGAUACUAGUCACUUGGCUAGGGAUUGUGUUAAGAAACCUAUUGGUGGUGAGCGUGGAGGAGGAGUAGCGCGUGGAGGAGGAGGAGCGCGUGGAGAUGGUUGUUACAAUUGUGGUGACAGUGGCCACUUGGCUAGGGAUUGUGUUAAGAAGUCUGUUGGUGGUGAACGUGUAAGUGGAGGAGGAGGACGUGGAGAUGAGUGCUACACGUGUGGUGGAUUUGGUCACAUGUCUAGGGAGUGUCCGAGUAAGAGACAGGCACGUGGAGGUUGUUACGAGUGUGGUGGUGCUCACUUGGCGAGGGAUUGUGAGCAGAGAGGAAGUGGUGGAGGAGGAGGAGGGAGAAGCUCUGGUGGUUGUUACGAGUGUGGUGGGGCUCACUUGGCGAGAGAUUGUGACAAGAGAGGUGGAGGUGGUGGAGGGAGAAGCGGUGGUGGUGGAAGGGAGUGUUACAAGUGUGGUGAAGGUGGCCACAUUGCAAGGGAGUGUUCUGUUGCUUGAUAACUUCCCUAAUCAACAAAGAAAGAGGAUGGAGAUGAAUUUGAGUAAUAUAUUAUAUUUCUCUUCGUUUUCAUUUUUUAUCUUUUGCUGAUGGGAAUGAUGAAUUUGCCUGGUCCUUUUUUUGUGUUUGUUUUUGAGUUUUUAAGUACUACUAUUAUUAUACAAUCUUAAGCUAGAUUUGGUUUCUGAUAUGGAUGGAUGUUGUCCUUUUUGAUCUGAAUUUGCUUAUGUCACCUAUGAGUUUCGUUAUUUGUCCUUUUUGUUUCAGUUUAUUUGCUUUCUUUGUACGGGAUGAACUGAAAGUGAAAUCCAAGUUUGGUUUGGUCGCCUUUUCAAAUUCAUGUCCCACACAAUCUAAUUAUCAUUGUUUAGCUUACACUCAUUCAUAUGUAAAAUUAAUCUUCAGUCAGCCGAGUUGUGCUGAAAUCGUUGGAAGAUUGGAUUAAAUAAACCAAAA